CAAAAAGCAAAAUGUGAGAAAGAGGGAGGGAAAUGAAUGAGAAAAAGAAAUGAGAGACUCCUACACCUCAAUUUGAAAAAGUUUUGAAACAAACCCAAUACAAUUCAAAAGAUUUUCCCCGUUUUCCCAAAAGGCACAACUUCAACCUGCAAUGUGGGCAAAGGGAUUAUUCACCUUCAAACUUUCAAAAGGCAGCCUCUGCCCUUCACUCGGACACUUUCAUGCAAUCUCCAAACUCUACAGUUCAAAAUCCUGCACUUCAUCCUCCAAUUUCGUGAUGGGUGAAAACCCAACUGCCAUUGCCGCUGCUCUUUCCCUCUCUGAGAAUUUGAAGUCAGCUUCUCUUGGUACCCAAAUCCACUCCCGUGUCAUCAAGUUGGGAUUCACUAAUGACUUUUUUUUAUUCAAUAAUUUGAUCAAAAUGUACUCAAAAUGUGGGGUUAUGGAUGAUGCGUUCAAACUGUUUGAUGAAAUGCCUGAGAGAAACCUCGUCACUUGGACUUUGAUGAUUUCGGCUGCCGUCCAAGACGGUCAGUUUGAAUUGGGCUUGGAGGUUUAUUUGGAACUGGUAAGAAGUGGGUUGAGGCCGAAUGAAUUCACUGUUGGUAGCGUUCUCAAGGGGUGUGCAGCGUGUGCUAGUAUCGAAGCAUAUGAAUUCGGCAUGAGUGUUCAUUGUUUUGCAUUGAAAACUGGGAUUGAACAGAACUGCUAUGUGGGUGGUUCUGUUUUGAAUAUGUAUGCUAAGUUGGAGGAUAUUGAAUCGGCGAAGGGGGUGUUUGAGUCUAUAAGCAAUCUUGAUACUGCUGGUUGGAAUGCUAUGAUUGGAGGUUACAGGCAAUGUGGCUAUGGAUUUGAAGCAUUGAAAGUUGUAUGUUUGAUGGUAUGCAAAGGUAUAAGCAUGGACCAGUUCACCUUUGUUAAUGCUCUAAAGGGUUGCUCUGUUGUCAGAAAUUUGGAUUUUGGGAAGCAACUUCACGGAUUGAUCAUCCAAAGUGAGCUGAAAUUAAGUACUUCAGUCAUGAAUGCUCUUAUGGAUAUGUACUCUAGAAAUGGUAGGAUAGAUUUGGCUUUGCAAGUUUUCAAUAGGAUACAAACGAAAGAUGUCAUAUCGUGGAACACCGCAUUUGGGGUCUUCUUUGAAGGCAAGAAUGCAAGAGAAAUUGCAAACUUAGUCCAUGAGUUCAUGCUAGAAAACAUGAAGCCGAACCAUAUUACGUUCUCAAUCUUGUUUAGGCAAUGCAGUGAGCUACUUGAUCUUAACCUUGGGCGUCAGUUUUUCUGCCUUGCAUUACAAUAUGGGUUCUGGAAUGAACCUAAUGUCAGAUGCUCAAUAAUCAAUAUGUUUUCUAGAUGUGGGGCUAUGGACAUGGCACACUUGUUUUUUGGUGGCAUACUUUACAAAAACAUAACUUAUUGGAAUGAGUUGAUUUCUGGGUAUAAUUCAAACUAUUGUUAUACAGAAGCCAUGCAGAUCUUUUGUAAUUUAUGGGACUUGGGAGUCGAAGCAAGUGAAGUCACGUUCUCCAUCAUACUGGAAGCUUGCUAUAAUGAUGAACACCAAUAUAUGACUAGACAAAUUCAUGGUGCAAUUGUCAAGUCCGGCAUCUCCUUCCAUGGAUAUGUUUGUAGCUCAUUAAUUAAGUGCUAUGUUAGAUUUGGACUACUGGAUGAUUCCUUUGAGUUUCUUAAAGGGUUUGAGAGACUAGAUUUGAUAUCUUGGGGAACUAUGAUAUCUGCUCUGGUGCAUCAGGGACAUUUUUUUGAAGCUAUAAAGAUUUUCAACUCUCUGAGAGAAGUUGGUGGGAAGCCUGAUGAAUUUAUUUUGGGAAGCAUUCUAAAUAGUUGUGCCGAUACUGCAAGCUAUCAGUUAGCUAAAGCUGUCCAUUCCAUUGUCAUCAAAAUGGGAUUCCUCAUGCAAGUCUUUGUUGUUAGUGCAGUUAUAGAUGCGUAUGCAAAAUGCGGGGAUAUUGGAAAUUCAAGGAUGACCUUUAUCCAGUCACUUGGAUCUGAUGACGUGGUUAUAUAUAAUGCUAUGAUCAUGGCUUGUGCUCAUCAUGGUCUGGCCGAGGAAGCGAUGGAUAUCUUUGAGAAAAUUCGGUUGGCAAAUCUAAAGCCCAGCCAAGCCACAUUUGUGUCUGCUAUAGCAGCUUGUAGUCAUGUGGGUUGGGUUGAUCAAGGUCGUUCUUUGUUUGAGUUAAUGAACUCAGAUUACAAGAUGGAACCAGUAUCUCGGGAUGUUUAUGGUUGCAUGGUUGAUCUGCUUUCACGACACAGAUACCUUGAAGAUGCUAGACAAAUGAUUGAAGUGAUGCCUUAUACUCCUUGGCCUGCUGUAUUGAGAUCCUUGCUUAGCGGUUGUAGGAUACAUGGGAACACAGAGUUGGCAGAAUGGACUGCUAAGAAGUUAGUUCAGUUGGUUUCAGAAAAUGAUGCACCUUAUGUACUGUUGUCGAAGGUGUACUCUGAAGGAGGUAGUUGGGAAGGUGCUACAAAGGUAAGGAGGGAAAUGAUAGAAAGAGGUGUGCCAAAACAUACAGGAUAUAGUUGGAUCGAGGUAUAGGAAGAGGUUCCCCUCUGUUGAUGAACAGCUUUCAAUUGUUUGCCUCAGUAAGAAAAUCAAUUUGAGAGAAAUGUAGAACCAGGUAAGGUCAAAUCAGAAUGGGGUUCCUCUCUUUAUGCAUCUGGUGGUGCAGACGAGAGUUCAAGCAGAACUUGCCCAUUCGAUAAGGAAACAAGUCUCUGGACAGGGUCUUCAUCCCAGUUAAGGUCAAAGAACUCAAAGAGUAGUAGCAUAUGGAAACAAUCAAUCAACCAAUACAUGUCGAAGUCGGGGACAGAAGAGAAACCAGCAUUGUGCACCUGAAAAUCGUUGUACUCCCAGCCAACUGUUAUUGAUGCAAUCAGUCAGGUUACCGAAUCAAGGUUCACAAUAUUGAUUAAACUUGGCAAUUCGUGAAAAUGCUCUAUGCAAUGAAGUUCUGCAUGAACGUGAUGAAGGGAGGUCAUAUAAUUUGCGGAGUAAGGAAGAAGGCUUAAGAAGUGAGGAUAGACUGGAAGAGAUGAAGACAUGGUAUGGCUCACAUCUUCUUUUCCUUUCUUCCAAACAGAGUAAAGAACUACUGAACUGGGCGAAAGCACCAACGCCAAGACAGUGAUCUCUCCAGCAGGUUUAGUGUCAGCCUUAGAAUUGACCAUACUCCAUUCAGCAGCACAGCGGUUGUGAUUAUACUGCCUGGAUCAGGAGGGGGUUGACUGAUAUGUGAAAGCAAAUGAGUAUGUGAAACCAAGUAGCUGUAAUACUUGGAUGAGAAGCCGAAUUGUGUCAUUUUUGUGACGAUAUGAGAUUCAUACUCUCACUAGUUGGUUACCAUUGCUGCCACCUUAAUUUGGCCUAAAUUGUACUCUUGGCAACAAAUUGAGUCGUGCUACUCUCAUACAUCGAAAUCAGAAGAAUUCACCCGUAACUCGUUAGGGACUCGUGAUUCAGCCGCCGAUUUAAAGUGAUAGAUCUAUCUGACAAUAUUGUUGAGAUUUCAGGAGCAUAAACUAGAGGAAAAAAAAAGAGCUUGUCGAGACUGAAAGGGUGACGCGGUUGGAUCUCAAUUGAUCCAAUAAAAUACCCGCCACUUAACUUGACAUGUGUCUUAUAGUUUGUUUACUAAUCUGUAAUUAGAAUGAGAGAGAUUAAAUUGAAGAAGGGUUGGGACGGGGAAAAGAAGUUGGAAUCGAAUUCACGUUGAAGUUGUCAUUAAAUUUUCUAAAAUCUUAGCAUUGUAUUUGAUUCCAUAUAACCUAAAAAAGCAAUUUUUCUUCA